UGUCUUUGGUAAGCUGGUAAACUGACAUUUAAGCUAAAUUUGCUGUUUUGCAUCUGUACAAAAAAUCCUGUCUGUCUACGUGCUCGCUACAACUGACUAAAUCUCUGGAUUCACCGGUGACAAGCCGUCCUGGAAGUCAGCCAUGAGGUUUGUGACGCAGAGUCAAGCCAGGCAGCUCCUGCACAACAAGUUUGUGGUGGUGCUCGGCGGCUCAGUGCACCGCUCCAUCUACAAAGACCUUGUUGUGCUGCUUCAGAAAGACCGCUACCUGACUCCCUCUCAGCUCAAGUCCAAGGGGGAGCUGUCUUUCGAGCGAGACUGCCUGGUGGAAGGUGGGCAGCGAGGUCCCAUGACCAACGGCACAGAGUACCGGGAGGUGAGGCAGUACCGCUCCGACCACCACCUGCUGCGCUUCUACUUCCUCACACGAGUCUACUCUCCCUACAUGGAGAGCAUCCUGGAGGACUUCCGCUGCGGCCUCAAGCCUGACGUCGUCAUCGUCAACUCCUGCCUGUGGGACAUCACCAGGUACGGCCGUAAGUGUCUCCCAGAAUACAGAGAGAACCUCCAUAAGUUCUUUGGACAGAUGAAAGCCACUGUUUGCCACGACUGUCUCAUCCUGUGGCUGCUGUCCAUGCCGGUUGGCAAGAAGAUCAAGGGUGGAUUCCUCGUGCCUGAAAUCCACCACUUAGGCCCCACGCUGCGCUACGAUGUGAUCGAGGCCAACUUCUACGGUGGUCGGCUGGCCAGUGCCUACGGCCUGGACGUCCUGGACCUGCACUUCCAGUUCCGCUUCAGCCUGCGCCAUCGUAUGCCAGAUGGUAUCCACUGGGACGCCGUGGCCCACCGACGCAUCACCAGCCUGCUGUUGCAGCACAUCGCCCAGGCCUGGGGAGUCCAGCUGUACAGUUCAACCCCCCCUUCAGGACAAGUGUUUCAGAGCAUGGAGCUGAGGAGGCGAGACUUCACCCACCACAGUCCCACACCAGUCUGGCUGCGUCCCAGGCCCCUGCUGAACUCAGCGUUCCAGAGCCAGAGUCUGGUUCAUUACAGGGAGAGCCACGUCAGCCCAGCCUGGUUUCAGCGUCCUGUGCCUCCACACUCAGUGUUUCAGAGCAUGGAGCUGAGGAGGCGAGACUUCACCCACCACAGUCCCACACCAGUCUGGCUGCGUCCCAGGCCCCUGCUGAACUCAGCGUUCCAGAGCCAGAGUCUGGUUCAUUACAGGGAGAGCCACGUCAGCCCAGCCUGGUUUCAGCGUCCUGUGCCUCCACACUCAGUUGGGCCUGUGCAUCGCCCAGUGGCCCUCCGGUUCGGCAGGCAACAGGACGAGGCUGGUGGUGUUCAGUUUAACCACUAUUACCAUAACAGAGUCAUCUACCUUCCCAUUAUGCUCCUGGAAGAGCUUGGACCUCCUCCAGCUCGAGGUUUCCCUGCAGCUGGUAAUGCGAGGCUCAGCAGACACUAUUACAGCCCUUCACCUGCGCCCGGCAUGUGGAUGUGCCAGCACGUUGGUGUCAGAGCCAGCUUCUCACAACUGCGCUUCGAUGUCAACACAAGCCAAGGUUUUUACGGGACUUUCCCUCCUGAGCACCGACCAGCAGAUCGCCGUGUAACGAGGCGACGCAGUGGCAGGGUUCACCCUUACCACCCACACCUUUUCCAGGUGACACCCAGGCACCACGCCUAUGGGUGGUGAGGGCCACAUACACUCAGACUCUUUACGGAGUGGAAGCAGGGGCCCUUGAUUCAACAUUGACUGCAUGAUUUCCAGAGAGUAAUGAUUCAGAGGUGGUGAGUCACUGCUGGUGUUCUUGUUGGCAAAUAAAGUGGAUAAGGGGAACCAAGGUUAAAUGAAAGAGAAUUUCAAGUCCAAAGCUGUAGCUGGACAUUGAUGAAUGUUUAAUUAAGGUCUGUCGGACAGCGACAUCUACCAGACCCACGUUUGCAAUACAAUCAUGUGUGCCAGACAAUACGCAUUGAAGACUCUUCAAACUUUCAGCAUGGUGUGAAUUAAUUAUCAAAUGUGUUUGAGUUAAAAGAUUUUAGAUUAUUGAAUCGAUGCAAGAAGAAUUUUGAAUGGUUUGAUUGAUAUACAAUGUUGAUAAUAAAAAUAUUUCACGCUC